AUGUCAACGUCACCAAGACUCAGAAAGCAAAAAAGUGCCGAGAUAGAUGGCAUUUCAAUAGGUCAAUCUAGUGGAAUUGACAGAAGGGGAAGACGUCUUCUGUAUGACGAGCCACAUCACAGCCACCAUCAUGGCAGGCGGGUACUGCAGGAGAAUAGAGACGAGUUCAUUGAGAAGAAACAGAGAAAAGUAUAUGAAUCCAAACGGGUUAUGUUUAUAUUGGGAACAGUUUUGGGAUUGGCAUUGACGGUUUUAUUUUCAACCACUAAUGCGCCGUCUGAAGUUGUCAACAAUUUCAAUAAUUUGAAUUUCUUUGAAGAUUGGAAAGAUUGGAGUGAAUGGAAGGAUUUAUUACCGCUGGGAUUGCAAUCGUUAUUACAGGAAGCCGAAAGUCCCGACGAUGGCCUACAUGGAUCAGCGGAAUCGUUUAGUGUGGGACAAAGGUUGGCCAUGACGAAGAACUUCACCCAGAAAUACAAUGUUAUCAUGGUUCCUGGUGUUAUUUCUACUGGUUUACAAUCAUGGUCAACUACAAACUAUGGUUCCUGUCCUUCCAUUAGCCAUUUCCGAAAGAGAAUGUGGGGGUCAUUCUAUAUGUUGAAAAUGAUGAUUCUCGACAAGACAUGCUGGUUGAAACAUAUCAUGUUGGACCAGGAAACAGGGUUAGAUCCACCUGGAAUCAAGUUGCGUGCCGCCGAAGGGUUUGAAGCUUCUGAUUUUUUCAUGCCGGGAUAUUGGAUUUGGAACAAAAUCUUGCAAAAUCUUGCGGUUAUCGGAUAUAGUCCUGAUAAUAUGAUUAGUGCCGCCUAUGAUUGGAGAUUGACAUAUAUUGAUUUGGAAAAAAGAGACAAAUAUUUCUCCAAAUUGAAAGCUCAAAUUGAAUUAACCGUUAAACAUACUGGUGAAAAGUCUAUUCUUGUUGGUCAUUCAAUGGGUUCACAGAUUAUAUUUUACUUUAUGAAAUGGGUUGAAGCUAGUGGGAAAGAUUAUGGAAAUGGUGGAAAAUCAUGGGUCAAUGACCACAUUGCUGCAUUUGUCGAUAUAAGUGGAUCUACUUUGGGAACACCAAAAACUAUUUCGGCGCUUUUGUCAGGAGAAAUGAAGGAUACCGUGCAAUUAAAUGCCUUAGCAGUGUAUGGCUUGGAGCAAUUUUUCAGUAGAAGAGAACGUGUAGAUAUGUUGCGAACUUUUGGAGGAAUUGCAGGGAUGUUGCCCAAGGGAGGGGAAUUAAUUUGGGGUAAUUUGACAUACGCCCCUGAUGAUCCUGUUAUCAAUGAGUUUGAACCUAAGGAAGUAUUGGAUGCAAACUCUAGUAAUCGAGAAAGUUUUGGUACAUUUUUCAAAUACAAUCAUAAAGAUGGCCACGUUACCAACGCGACAAUUGAUGAAGCUAUAGACAAGAUGUUAGAUGUCACACCAGAAUGGUACACUAACAGAGUACGAGAUAACUACUCCUGGGGUGUUGCUCGUACAGCUAGUGAAAUAAAAGCUAAUAAUCAGGAUCAACGAACUUGGUCCAACCCAUUAGAGGCAGAACUACCAAAUGCCCCAGACAUGAAAAUAUAUUGUUUCUAUGGAGUUGGAAAACCUACAGAAAGAGCAUAUACUUAUACAGAAGCUGAUAAAUCCGUUAGACUUCCGUAUAUAAUUGAUCCAUUGGCAGAAACCCCAGUUUAUUUUUCGGAUGGUGAUGGUACAGUUCUGUUAUUAACACAUACAAUGUGUCACGAAUGGAAGAAAGGGUCAGAAUCGAGAUUUAAUCCCGCAGGAAUUGAGGUUAAAAUUGUAGAAAUUAAACAUGAACCGGAUAGAUUUGAUAUUAGAGGUGGUGCUAAGACUGCAGAGCAUGUUGAUAUCCUCGGCAGUGCUGAGUUAAAUGAGUUAGUUUUAACCGUGGCUUCCGGAAAGGGGGAUACCAUCACUGAUAGAUAUGUAAGCAAUCUAAAACAAAUAGUCGAGGGUUUAAAUAUUUAG